GGGGGCUUUUGACGCAUGCCGCUGUGGGGGACCGCGUCCGGCCCGCCGCCGCACAUGGCAGAGGGAGGAGGAGGCGCCGAGGGGUCGGCCGGCUCCUCGUCGUCGUCCGGUGCCGCCGCGAUACGCUCGCUGCUGCCCACCAGGCGCCGGCUCAGGCUCGACCCGCCGUCCAAGCUCUACUUCCCAUAUGAGCCCGGGAAGCAGGUUCGGAGCGCGAUUAGGAUCAAGAACGUCAGCAAGUCCCAUGUGGCCUUCAAGUUCCAAACAACAGCACCGAAGAGCUGCUUCAUGAGGCCUCCUGGCGGCAUCCUGGCUCCAGGAGAAACUAUCAUAGCAACAGUGUUCAAGUUUGUGGAACAUCCUGAGAACAACGAGAAACCUUUAGAUCAGAAGUGCAAGGUCAAGUUCAAGAUUGUUAGCCUGAAGGUCAAAGGGCCUGUGGAGUAUGUCCCAGAAUUGUUCGAUGAGCAGAAGGAGCAGGUUGCGGUUGAGCAAAUUCUGCGGGUUGUGUUCUUGGAUGCUGAGCGUCCUAGCGCACAACUGGACCGACUCAAGCGUCAGCUCGCUGAAGCUGAAGCCGCCCUCGAGGCACGCAAGAAACCUCCAGAGGACACAAGCCCCCGUAUUGUUGGCGAGGGUCUCGUGAUCGAUGAAUGGAAGGAACGAAGAGAGAGAUAUCUUGCUCGCCAGCAGAUCGAAGGAGUUGAUUCAGUAUAAACAUUUUGAGACUCUGCAAAGCAUCGGUUGAACGUACAUAGCGUUGUAUCGCUACAACACGUUGUCCUUCCACCCCAAUUUGUUCAUGGGUUUAAGUUAUUGGGAUGUGUCGGCUGGGAACAAGAAUGAGGCUUUGUGUAAUUAGGAUUUGAGCUUCACGCUGCAUUUCUUUCCAGGGUAUCCAUGUAUAUAGUGAGUCAGAGCUUGAUAAUAAUAUCUUCAGUGAUAAAUCAUGUAAGUGGUGUUGUAGAUUUAGACAUGGGACUGUGUUCCAUUCCCUAGCUGCUGUUCCUAUCAAUACCAAAUGUAAUUUACCUGAAAGACACUCUUCAAAGUGCUUAAUGGAAGUUAUAUCCGUUGUUGUUACACUA